AAGAUCCUGGAGGAGCCUAUUUCAAUUUCUCUUUUCUUUUUCUCCUUUUCUCACCCUCUCUUCCUGUCCUAGAGACAUGGCAGGGUACACAGAAUCGCUAAGCGGCCCCAGACCCGUGUUGCCGUCAUGCCCAAGAAAGGGAACCGAAAACGGCUGAAAUUUAGGCCGGGGGAUGUGUGCUCGGAGUCAGUGACUGUGGCGGACUAUGCCAACGCUGAUCCGGCUGUCGUGAAGUCCGGACGGCUGAAGAAGGCUGUCGCAAAUGCUAUUGAAAAAGAAGUGAAGUUGCUGUGUGGUUUGGAGGCGUCUACGGGCCCGGUUCAGGAGGUGUUGUCUUCGGCGGAGAGUGUGUGUGUGAGCGGUGGCGAGAGAGACAGCAGUGAGGAAGUGGAACCAGAAGAGGGCGACGGAGACCCCAAAAACACACGCAAGAAGAAGACCAAGAGACGCAAAGAAAGCAUUGACUGUCAGGAUGGUGACGACUACCCUAUUGAUAUCUGGCUGGUGCUCUCUGGGUACAUCCGUCCGGAAGACGUGUGUAAAUUCGCUCUGAUCUGCAGGAACGCAUGGACAGUCACCUGCACUGCAGCGUUCUGGACACGCCUCUACCGCAGGCACUACAGUCUGGAUGCGGAGCUGCCUGUGCGUCUGCAGCCUGAUUCCUUGUCCAGCAUGAGGUGUCUCCGCGCGUGUGUGAUCCGCUCCCUGUUCCACCUGUAUGAGCCCUUUAGUGCGCGCAUCUCCACCUGUCCUCCCUUACCUGACGCUACGCCUAACACUCUACUGAACGCCAGGUGCAUGCUGUUCUGGGUUAAAGAGGUGUCUGGGUCCAGGCCUGAGAAUCUCUGGCAGUUCAACUUCAAAUUUGAGAUGCACGCUCCUAAGAGUAAGAGUAAUGUGGAUCGUUCUUUGCAGCUUCCAAAGCGCUAUAGAGAUGUGCACACUAACCCCGACUCCAAUUGCUACCUGCUGCAAGUCAACACUCUCCACUUUAUAUACAUACCACACGUCAUCAUGGGCAUGACACUAUCACUGAUGGCGAUCAACGUGAGUACAGAUAUGCGUCACCACCGCGUGCGUCUGCAGUUCCAGGACUCCCCGCUGCUGCGUGGCCAGAGGCGCAGGGCCGAGCCCGGCCUGCAGGUGGCGCUGGACCCCGUACACAGCGUGCGACUCAUGGACUGGUGGCACCCCCAGUACCCCACCUCAGCAUGAGGGGCCUAGGCCUAAUUAUCCAGAGUACCCCUCUUCAGCCUAAUGGAACUACACCAGUCUUUAUACCCGCCAGUACCCCGCCUCAGCCUGAAGACCACAGCCCCCUCCAUGCCACUCUCUUGCCCCUUAGACCCCCUUCUGUUGCCCCGUGGGCCCCCACUUUGCCCAUCUCCUCUCCCCAUGGUACCACAGCUGGUGGCACCCCCCAGUCAGUACACCACCUCUCAGCUCUACUGCGGCCCCUUUAUCUAGCAUUUGACCCUUGACCCUUUAUUUAGCCCUGUCCUCUUGGCACAGUGUCUGAUGACAGUGUUGUGGACGGGUGGCACCAUCUUGACCAUCUUUCUUGCCCUCUGUAACCCACUUUUACAAACACUUUUCCCUCGUUGUCAUCCCGUUCUUGACUCUUGCACUGAUUUCAUCCCCUUUAGACCCCCUCAAUACCAGCGCCACAUCAUGUUGGCAUGCGUUCAGUUAACUAUAUAGUUAUGCGUUCAGUUAGGCUGUAUAGCCCAGUUUUACAGUUUCACCCGACUCUUGGUCCAAAUUGGCACGGUCUCUUUACAACCAACUAAUGCCACAGCACAGCAACAACAGUCCAGCUGUACCUCUAUACCCAACCAACAUGGCCGUAGUAGUGUGCCCCAUUUGCCCUCUCUAUACCCAACCAACAUGGCAGUGGUGUGCUCCAUUUGCCCUACUGCUCACCUACUGCUGAGCCACCCUCUAGCCAACAUGGCAGUAGGAGGCCCUGUUUGCCCUCAGCCUCAGCUGUGUUGUCAUCCACAACCACGGCAACAGCAACAGCAGCAGCUGCACAUAGCUAUGUAUAGUAGUGUCUGCCUUGUUUUCCCACUCAUGCCAUCCAGUAUAACCCCCGGCACGGCACGUUUCCCUGACGUGUGUGAGCGCCAAAGAUGUCUGCAUGGUGUCAGUCUGCUACCUCACUCUCCCUUGCCCACUUGCUGCAGUAGCAUCUCAAUGGUACAGCAGUAGCCUAUUAUAGUCCAUAGGUUCAAGAGUUUGUUGUCAUUGUCAUUGGCAGCGAAACACUCAGUAGGAGUAGUAGUAGUAGUAGCAGCAGCAGCAGGUUUCCAAGUAAAGUGCAUAAAAGAGGUAAAAGUGACACCAGUGCUUGAGUGAGUGAGCUUUAGCAUGUAGCGUAGAUGUGAUGCCUAGCUAGAGUGUGAAGCAUUAGUUGGCAGUGAAGGUAGCUGUAGGUAGAGCAGUGCUAUGCUAACAGAGGGAUAGCUAACCGCUACACGGCUUUGUAUACACUUAACUGUACCUCAAGUGUUGCUAACGCUAGACCUAUAAUACAGCAGACAUACAGUAUAGUUGGUGUGCCUGGGCAUGAUGUGUGUCUAGAGUGUUGUAAACUUUGUGUACGUGAGUCUGGAGUACACACUGGCACACGCUUAUUUAAGCACAUCGUGUUAGUCUGAAGGAUGCUAGAGUUCAUAUAGAUUUCAUAAACCUGUUGUCCGAGCUUCAAAGCUUGAGCGUUUUCUUCACCGUAUCCGUUAUAUCUGUUAUGAGUGGUGUUCUCCUUUCAGAAUCUGUAGGUAAUAUACACUUCUUUAGUUGUGCUUCAGUUUUGUAGCUGGACACUUUUUAGGAUUUUUUAGACACUCAGACAUGUGUUUAUGUAGGAGAUCUAUAGAUCAGGACUUGAAAGCAAUGUUGACAACCAGUUAGCAACUUACUAGGUUUCCAAUUGGAAAUUGCAUCGCAACCAAGUAAGUUGCUAAAUUAGUUACCUACUGUACCUACCUGGUUCAGAUCACACACUAGCUAGACAACAUAGAGGAGGCACUCUGGAUGGCGUUUCGCAACAGCUUCGUUGCUAACUAAGUUAGCAACUUACUUGGUCGAAAUGCUAUUUUCCAUCGCUAUUGCUUUCGAUAAACGCACCACUAAACCAGAUGUUUAUCCUCCUACUACUCUCAAACCCCUGUCUAUCCCCGGCCCCCCGGCCCCCCUCCCUCCAGUUUACAACUAAGGUGCUGGUUACAGGUAUACAUGCGGAUAUUUUAAAACAUGAUGUGUGGAUAAAAGUUAAACGUGUCGGGUGUGUGGAAGCCGCUAGUUACUGAUCCCACUCUUUUGAACUUUGACCCUUACCCUCAACUAGGGCUGGGAAUCAUCCCUGAUGUCCUGGCUCUGGUCCCCAGGUCCUGCUGUUCUGAUUUCUCAUGGAAGUUAUAUAUUGCCCUGAAUGGAAGGCAUAUUCUCCUGAAUGUAAACUGCGACAAAUUUAAACCCUUGUUUUGGGGAGGAACGUUGUCCACUGUCAACCACUGAGAUGAACAAGACAAGACAGACAGAACUGAAUGACUGAUUUGGUCACUUUCAAGAAGAAAAGGAGCCAAAGCAAAAACAAUGCAGCUUACAAUCACAAUCACAAUUAAUAUUACGGCUCCAAAUAUUCUACAUCCUUUUGGCUUUUGUUUUGCUUUGAUUUUUUUCCUGCUCCGACCACCCAACUGCUUCACCAGGGACAAACAACCACUAGUCCUCGCUCCGACAGAAACGGGGACUGUGUGCGUAUGUGUGUGUGCGCGCAUGCAGCCUUUCCCUUGUCUGAGAUGAUGGAUCGUCUGGGUUGGAAUUCCAAGAUGAUGGUACAGUUACAAGCCGGUUAGCGGUAAAUCGGCUAAUAGUUGAGCCUCAAGUCCUAAUUUCCUGUACUGAAAUGACACCAGCAGGCUGUGUAUUAGCAGGUUUACCACUUUCUGGAGGUGGAUGU